CUUGCCCCAUCAGACAACAGUUCUGUCCAACGGCAAACAUACUAUGUAACCAACUUUUUCGAAGUUAGAUGGUAGAAAUUCACUGCAAGCAAGAAAAAGAGCACCAUACAAGCUAAAAGAAGGGGACUGGGACAUAGUGAAGUGAAGAAAAGGAUUUGAAAAGCCCUUGUUUUAUGCAAAGUGAGUGACAGCAGGAGAUACUUCAGCUGGAAACUAAAAGGAUAAGAGGCAAGCGAGGAGAGGACAAAAAGGACACAAAGCAAAGGAUACUGCUAUUUUUUGUUGGAUUGGUUUGUCCUGUUGGAUUUCUCAUUCCCCUCCUCCUGGGCUGACAGCAAAGGGGGGAGGCAGCCAUAACCACUGCAAGGAUGAAGUACAACUACCACGUACCAGUGUCAACAUACACACGCAGCUCCCAGUACACACCAACAUACCACACACCAACCUAUUACACUCCCUCACAUUACACACCAACUCACUACACACCCUCGUAUACCUCCACUACAAAGUACACCCCGACACAUUAUAGCACGACACAUUACACCCCAUCACAUUACACAUCCACUUACAAGUCUGCAUCAACAUAUGUCCCUUCAUAUAGCAAAGCGUCACGGUACAGCUCAACACGUCGCACACAAGUGCAGGAAAAUCCUGCACCUGUGAUACCUGUCACACCUGCAAAGAGAACUGUGCACUUCCCCAAUGACAUCGUCUUCCAGGAUAUUGUUAGACGUGGAGAUAUGGAGCAAAUUGGGCGGUUCAUGAGAGCAAGGAAGGUUCGUGUGGAUACACUCUUCCACUCAGGUAUGGCAGCACUACAUGAAGCUGUGCUAACAGGAAACCUGGAGGUGGUGAAGCUGCUCGUGAAAUAUGGCGCUGAUGUCCAUCAGAGAGAUGAGGAUGGCUGGACGCCACUUCACAUGGCCUGCAGUGACGGCUAUCCGGAAAUUGCAAGUUAUCUGCUGUCAAUUGGAGCCAGUACCGAGGUAGAGAAUGAAAGUGGAGAGAAGCCUGCAGACCUCAUCGACCCAGACUGCAAAGAGCUGGCCAAAAUGUUUGAGACAGGCUGUGUGUGAUAUUGGGUCCCAAAUGGACCCAGGAAAGAACAACCACAAAGAAAACAUGAAGAAGCUGAACAGCCGCAAUAUUCAACAUCAUACAAUGCCAAAAAAACAGGGCAUAACAGGGCGGAACAACAUGGCCGCUGCAUCUUGCUGAUCCUGUUGUGCAAGAUGGCGGUUCUGUUUGUUGCACAAAUUGCUGUGAGAUUUAUAUUUUUAUAAUUAUGGCAACAAAACUAUACUCCAGUAAGCUGUAUUUCUCUUUAUGGUGGUUAUUUUAUUUAAUUUUUUUUUUGACUUUUAUGUGUAUUUGUGUAUUUGUUAAAAUGUUGGUGUCCACGCUGUAAAUGUUAAUCUGCAAAUAGCUCUCUGUCUUCACUCACAGCUCAUGUAACACAAUAUCAACAGUGUGUUAGUGAACUGAAAUUUCAUCUUUACAAGUUAUCCAUGGUCCAUGGUCUGAAUACUUAAUCCCUGCUUAAGAAAAUUGGCUGAAUCUUUAUCCUCAUGAGCAUUUAAGUUUAAACAUUUAAUCACUUUGUUUAAUCAUUUGCACUCUGCAGACUGUUUGCUUCCAAAUUAGAGAUGAGUUGUUUGUGUCUUACAGGAGAGUUAUAAAUCCUUACUGCUGGGCAGAAGGAGGAUUUUCCAAAUUAAUAAUUGAUACUUCAUUGAUAGAUCAGAAAUUUAAAAAAAAAACUAAUUUCAAUUUCAUGCUGUACAAGCAUCUCUACUGCUGCAGUAUUUUUCCCCAAAUGUGUUGUUGUUGUUGUUUUCUGUAGUAGAAACUGUGCUGAAGAAAAUAUGUACGUCAGCAAUUGAAGUCUUAUAAUUUUCUCUUCAAUAAUUAUUUUUGUACGUUUUCGUAAAUAAAGAUAUCUUUUAUAAAUA